AAAGCGACGCCGAUCAGCAUUCAAGCUCGGCGCCACGAUUUUAGAAAGAGAUCAGUAUAAUAUGAUGCUCGGUGUAUUGUGGAAGUAUCGAAAAUGACGUCGUGUUUUAAUUAUUUCUUCGCUGCUCUCUGCCUCUUUUAUAUAGCUGCUUUUUCUACCGCGAUUUAUAAUCCAAGAUUAACAACUACAAAACCGCCAGAACGUCGUGAAUUAGUAUUUCCUUGGCAUUCAACUGAGAAAGUAUGGCGUGUUCAAACAUCUCCUUCUCCAAUAUGGCAUCAAUUGGAUAAUAUUACAUUCAAAUCUGGCACAAAGAAUUGGAGUUCUUGGCGGAAGACUCCGGGUAGUGAAAUUGAACAAAGAACGCAAAUUGAUAUUCCCGAACAAAUUUCUGAAAAAGUUCCAGAACAACAGCAUAAUUUCAAAUUUGAUAAAUUGGAACAGCAAGAAAGUCUGAAAUUUCCUUUUCAGUAUGAAGAUUUUACAGAAUCUGAUAAAAAUUAUGGAUACUUUAAGAAUGAAUCAAAAUAUGGAAAUCGCACUCGGCCUCAAAACGAGAUUGAUUUUGAACAUAAAUCAUUGAAAAAUGAUGAGAACAAAAAAAUGCAGGUAGAAUUUGAGAAUGAAGAUUUAUAUGAAGGUGUAGAUAUUGAUAGCACGAAACCACGAAAAGGAAAUUUAUUUCUUUCACGAAAAUCGCAGCACAAAAUAGCCCGAUAUAAUCCUCGAUUAGGUGUUGAAUGUCCUGACAACAAUUCCACAGGACAAUUUGUUUAUCCACCAGAUUGCAAAUUCUUCGUCAAUUGUUGGAAAGGUCGUGCAUUUGUUCAACCAUGUGCUCCAGGCACUCAUUUUAAUCCUGAUACUCUGGAAUGUGAUUUUCCACAUAAAGUGAAAUGCUAUGAGGAUGAACCUGCAUAUUUCAAAGAGUCAGAUUCUGUCUUCCAAAUUAAUCGAAAAUCACAGAAGUUGCAAGAACCAAAAUGUCCACCAUAUUUAAUUGGUUUAUUACCACAUCAUGGAGAUUGCACGAAAUUUGUACAAUGUGCACACGGUGCAACUUAUAUUAUGAAUUGUGGCCCUGGAACAGUUUUCAAUCCCACUAUUGGUACAUGUGAUUGGCCGCGUAAUGUAAAGGGUUGCGAAGAUAUUUUUAAAUCUGAUAAAAAAGUACCACUUGCAUCUCCAAAUUUUAAUUUUGAGUACGAUAGUGCGAAAUAUAUCGAAGCAAAGAAAAUUAUAUGUCCUGCGGAUUUCAUUGGAUUAUUGCCUCAUCCGGAGACGUGUAAAAAAUUCCUUCAAUGUGCAAAUGGUGCUACUUACAUAAUGGAUUGUGGUCCUGGAACAGCUUUCAAUCCUAUUACAAUGGUUUGUGAUUGGCCACAUAACGUACCCAGCUGCAAAACAGGUAAAUUUGAUGAUAACGUACACAGAAUGGAAGACACUACUUGGAUUCCACUUCUUGCUUCUACUACAUCACGAUCAAAUCUAAGUCCAACAUUUAAACCAACCUGGAAACCAUUUAUGACAUCUUCAAGUCCAUUUUGGAUAUCAUCGUGGACAACUCCAAGGCCAUUUUAUAAUCGUUCUGAACAUGUUAAUUAUCAUGAUUACGACCAUGCACAUAGAGAAAGUCGAUAUCAAGAUUAUGGACCACAUCUAGAAUGGAAACCAAAUAAUGGAAAUUUGAGACAAUCUUUUGAUAACAAUUACGAGUUUCAAGACAGGCAAUGGAUAAACCAUAGAAUUGAUCAAAAUCCACAACCAGUUUAUCAUUCUGAUCCAGAAGGAUCGUGGUCAUACGAACAUAGGAAUCCAAAUCAUCGUUAUGAUCAUAGAUAUUAUCCUCCUGGUUAUCAUUAUCAUCAUCAUCAUCAUCAUUAUCAUAAUUAUGGAUCUACAUCAAAUCCGUCAAUACCUACAGUAAAUCCAAAUUGGAACGCCGAUAAUCCUACUACUCUUAUUGGUGAUCAAAAAUAUGAUCAAGGAUACCAAGGAUAUACUCCAAAUGCAGAUAGUCAAAGGACCGAUCAUGAUUUGCAUCCGACUAAGCAAGAUUAUAAUUGGACGAUGCCAGGAUUAUAUUAUCCUAAUUUCAAUCAUACUUUUCCAUUCGCUGGAAAUGUUUUGCUAAAUAAUAGUAAUAAUAAUAAAUUUACUAAAAAUUCAAAUCAGAAUAAAUCGCGACAAGAUAGAUUACCUCUUACUUGGAUAGGACAAGAAAAUACGACUCAAUUAAAUGGACCUUUUGUUUUCAACCCGAGUACAUGGCAUGAUCAACAGAAAGUACAGAUGGAAACACGUUCGUGGGAUCAAGAAUCUACGAAUACAACUGAACAUCCAAGAUCAAACUUUUAUCCAAAUGGAAUAUAUGUCAAUGCAAAUGGCAUAAAAGGUCAUUACAUCACAAAAGAAAUUGAAGAUAAUCAGCAUUCAAAGAGCCAUCAAUCACAUAGUACUCAAAAACCUAUCAACUGGAACAACAUUUUUAACAAUUCUGAAAAUGAUUAUACUUUGUUUACGACAACGCUGAUGACAACAACAGAGAAAAUUUCCAAUAAACUGGAGUUGUCAAGAAGAGGACGGGAGUUUGAAAAUACUGCGAAAGAAAAAGAGUUGCAUAAUUCUGAUAACAUAAAUGAUUUUAAUUUAUCUAGUGAAUUAAUUGAACGUGAAGAUGAUAACUGGAGUGGUGAUACGAAAACAAGUAAUGUAAAUUUGAAACCUCCAAAUAUUGUAGAACCUGAAAUAAAUGAUUACAACGUGGAUGUAUUAGACAAAAAUAUCUGGAAGCCUAGACUGGUUUUCGAAAAUAAAACCAAGACAACGACGGCUUCAUCAGUCAUUAUGAAAAUUAGUCCGGAAAAUACCGAUAUCGAACUUUUUAAUAUAGAAGCAGCCCCGUUUCAAGAAGAAGAGCCGUCAUUCCCAGUUUAUUACGUGCCGCCAGUGCAUCCAUUAACUUAUUCAAAAAAGUCCGUUCGACUAACGCCUAUAUCUGGUCAGAUUAUUCGUUUGAGAGGCGGUUCUGAGCCGAGCAAUGGUUAUGUUGAGGUACAAGGUGUGCUGCCUGGUUGGGGUAUUGUAUGCGAUUCUAGAAAUAGUUGGACUUUAAAAGAAGCUCAUAUUUUAUGUAGACAACUCGGAUAUAACAGAGGCGCAGAAAUGGCUUGGCAAGGCAGAAAUAAUCGUAAUAAUAUGCCAACUUGGAUCGCUGCAAAUACUGUAACAUGUCUCGGCAAUGAAACCAGAUUUCAAUCAUGCAAAUUCACAUAUAAUCAAGAGUGCCGUAUAGAUAGAGAUGCAAUUGGUGUGCGAUGUACUCCCAAUCGUAUCGCACAUUGUUACAAGGAUGAAAUACCUCAUGAUGGUCAAUGCUAUCACUUAGCUGAUCCUGAUAAUGGAUUUAAUCAUGCUGAAGCAUUGGAAUACUGCAAACGAAGGAAUGCACGACUCAUUGACAUUAUUAAUCAGGCGGAAAAUAACUUUGUUUCGGAAUGGCUAUUGCAAUCGUAUCCGAAAGUUAGCUCAAUUAUGACUUCUGGCUUCGGUUUUACUAGCAUGGGUCGCACCUUAUGGAUCUGGGCGGAUUCUGCUCAUGCCAAAUUUAAAUUUACAAAAUGGUGGCCUGGGUGGAUGAACGAUACGAAACAACCACCAUGGGUAGGAUCUCGUCCUCUUUGUAUUGUGAUGAAACGGAAAUUUUCGUGUCAUGAACGAUCUGAAUCGAUUUGUGAUACAGAUUACUUCUUCUGGGACACUGAAGACUGUGCAACUACUUCGAAAGGGCAUUCUUUUAUUUGCAAAAGGCCUUAUGAUGAUAUUGGUUGUGUUUAUGGGAAAGGAAAUCAAUACACUGGCAAAGCUAAUGUAACAAUAUCAGGAAAUGAAUGUCUUUCGUGGGCCGAUAAAAGAAUAGUACAUCAAUUACGUAUAAAUGUUGUUAAUAAAGAAAUUCGAGACAAACUGGAAAUGCAUAACUAUUGCAGAAAUCCUAAUCCAAUAAAAGAAUCGAGACCAUGGUGCUUUAUAGAAACCGGAAAGCGUGAAUAUUGCGACAUUCCUGCCUGUGGAAAUAUUGAUUCAAAACGAUCUAUGUUGACUGGUCAAUGCAAACCUAAACAUUUUGAAUGUACGCCAGGAGAGUGCAUUCCAUCUCCAUGGGUUUGUGAUGGAGAGGAGGAUUGUACAAAUGGAGCUGACGAAAGAAAAUGUAUAUUGGAUCUGAAUCUCUUUGAAAAAUCUACAAAAUAUAAACUUGAGGGCUACGAUGUCGAGAAAUGGUUGAAUACACCUUUAAAAACCUGCGCAUUAAGAUGCAAAGAAGCUGAUUUUACUUGUCGCUCAUUUAACCAUAAAUUGGAUGGUAAUGUGUGUUUAUUGAGUAAUAGUAACAUCGGCUUGACUGGUGCACUCAAAGCUGACAAAGAGUUCGAUUAUUAUGAAAUGAAAGAGAGAAGCGUGAACUGUGAUGGCAUGUAUAUUUGCAAUAAUCGCAAGUGUAUAAAUCAAACAAAAGUUUGCGACGGCAAAAAUGAUUGCAAUGAUCGCAGCGAUGAGAAUAUCUGCACAGCUGAAAAUUUUGAUUAUAGUAUUCGCUUAGCUGGUGCAAAUAAUAGUUAUGAAGGUCGAAUAGAAGUCAAAAUUCUAGGACAUUGGGGCCAGGUAUGUGAUGACGGCUUUGGUAUGAUCAAUGCUGAUGUUAUUUGCAAAGAGCUUGGUUUCGAUCUUGGAGCUUUGGAAGUUAGACCGGGUGGAUUUUACGGAAAUCUCGAUCCACCUACGAAAUUUAUGGUAGAUCAAUUGAAAUGUCGUGGAAACGAAACUACAUUACGUGAAUGCGAUUUUAACGGAUGGGGAGUUCAUAAUUGUCAACCGGAAGAGGCUGUUGGGAUCGUAUGUAAGACCGCAGUCAAUACUUGUCAGGAAGGUUAUUGGAAAUGUGAUAAUAGUCCAACUUGCAUACCGACUCCUUUCAUUUGUGACGAGGUGGUCGAUUGUCCAGAUCACUCCGAUGAAAGUUCAGAAUAUUGCGAUGCACCAUUUGAGUUGCGCUUGGCGAAUGGUAGCAAUUUUCUGCAAGGAAGAGUAGAAGUGCGUCAUCACGGCGUAUGGGGUACCGUAUGCGAUGAUGACUUUACAAAUGCUACGGCAGUAGUCAUUUGUAGAUCUUUAGGAUACGGUGGUAUCGCUAUAGCUAAGAAAAACGGUUUCUUUGGGUCUGGCCAAGGACCAAUAUGGCUCGAUGAGGUUUUCUGUCAUGGAAACGAAUCGCAAUUAUAUCGAUGUGAGCAUAAUCACUGGGGUCAACAUAAUUGCGAUCAUAAUGAAGACGCAGGUGUAAUUUGUUCACCUGGAGAUGUUAACGAUGCCGAAUCAUAUUGGAUAAACAGUCAAGAACAUUCAGAGCAAAACAUUAAUGAACUACUUCCAUCAAAUUGUGGCCAACGUGCCAAAGAUUUCGAUAGCGAUGAAGAUUUAAUAUUUCAGAAAGUAGUACAUGGCUCCAUUGCACCAAAAGGCACUUAUCCUUGGCAGGCUAGUAUUCGAGUUCGAGGGCACAGUCGAUCAAAUCAUUGGUGCGGUGCUGUUAUUAUAUCGCCUCUACACGUGCUAACAGCAGCACAUUGCCUAGAAGGUUAUAACAAAGGCUCAUAUUUUGUUCGUGCUGGUGAUUAUAACACGGAUAUAAACGAAGGAACGGAAAUAGAAGCCAACAUCGAAGAUUAUUACGUACACGAGGAAUUUCGUAAAGGCCACAGAAUGAACAAUGAUAUCGCUUUAGUUUUACUUAAAGGUCUCGGCAUCCCGCUUGGCAAAGAUAUCAUGCCAAUUUGCUUGCCGGCUGAGAAUGCCGAAUAUUCGCCUGGAUUGAAUUGCACGAUCAGUGGAUUCGGCAGUAUUGAAACGGGCAAGACGACGCAAUCGAAAGAUUUACGAUAUGGCUGGGUGCCUUUAUUGGAUCAGUCAAUUUGCCGAGCCAGUUAUGUUUAUGGUGAAGGUGCAAUAAGUGACGGAAUGAUGUGUGCUGGAUAUCUUGAUGAAGGUAUCGACACAUGCGAUGGCGAUUCCGGAGGUCCUUUAGCAUGUUAUCACAAUGGAGCUUUCAAUUUGUACGGGAUAACUAGUUGGGGCCAGCAUUGCGGCAAAGCAAACAGACCUGGAGUUUACGUUCGUGUAGCAUAUUAUCGUCGCUGGAUUGAUAAAAAAAUUAGGGAAUCGUUAGUAGGUAGAUAAAAUGUCGAAAUUAUAAAAUUUGCAAUCACAUACGCGUAAACAUUUUUGUGCCUCUUAUUAUUUCUUUUACAAAAAGCUAAUUAUAUUACAA